UUUUCAUUCAUUUUUCCAACGAAACAUACACAAUCUACAUCAGAUCUAAAGAAACAAACACCACAGAAAGAUAAAAACAAGCACGACGGAUUUUUGAAAGGAAAACAGAUCUGGAUUUGGUGAAGGAAUCCCACCCACGGGAUCAAGCUUCCACCAUCUCCUUCAUCAUUUUCCUAACAAAGAUUCUAUGUUCAGAGCUAUACCUAACAAUGGAAACCAAAGAUGAAAUCCUUCUUGCAAUUUGACAAUCUCCUUUCUCAAACAGUCUCCUUCCAGUAAAAAAAAAGUUCCUCUUCUCCACCGUCAACACCACACUCAAGCAAGCAAAAAUCUCCCUUUCUCCUCCUCGAAGUCUCCCUCUACUACUCUCAAAAACCAGACGGAGACUCCCAAAUCAACUUGAAAAUCAACCAAAGACCCUCCAUUUUGAUCUGAUUUUUCCUAUAUAUAUACCCAAAUAAAAUAAAAGGAAAUAAAUAAAAUAACCAAAAAAAAUUUUUUUUGCUCCGUCAAUCACGAUUUUGACUGGCAUAUGUUGUUUUUUUCUGUAUGGCUGUAGCGUGCAGGAGGCAGGGGCAUGGGAUUGGGCGCAGAGUGCAGAGGCGCGGCAGAGUACAGGCUGGGGUGCAGCAGGGCAAGCAGAGUGCAGGCGAUCUGGUGCAGAGCAAGGGGAUCUGGUGCAGGUGCAGAGCAAAGCUGGUGCAGGAAGCAAGGCCGAGCGCAGCAGAGUGCAGGCGAUCUGGGUGCGCAGAAUGCAGGAAGCGCGCAUGAUCUGGUGUGCAGAAAGGCGCGGGCUCGGGUGCAGCAGGGCGCGGGCUCGCGUGCAGCACGCAAGGGAGCGUAGGAGCCAGGGGCUAGGCUCCAGAGGAGAAGAUUCCGGAGAGCAAAAAGAUUUUAACUCUUUUUUUUUCUUUUUGGGUUUUUUGGGUUUAUUUUUUAUUUUUUAUUUUUUAUUUUUUUGGGUUUGGGUCUUGAUGGGUUGAUUUUUGGGCCUUUUGAAAUUGGUUGGAGAAAUGGGCUGCACUUCAAGGGUCUUGCAUAUUUUUUGUAAUUUGGCCUUGUACUUUAAAUUUCUUCAAUUUAGUCCUUUUCUUGAGUUGCUUUUCCAUUUCUUCUUGAAUUUCUUUCUGCACAUAAACCCUGAAACAAAACAAAGAUAUAUUAGCCAAAGAAAAGAGAAAUUUUCAU